AUAUAUAUAUGUCACCUCCUUCCUUUCGUUCUUUUCUCUCUCUUCCUACACAGCUGUAUUCUUGAAUUCUUUAAUGGCACAAAACAAAAGCGACUCUGUAACACUCUGUAACUAAAACCCAUUUCUCAAAACAGCAAAAAGCCAUUCUUUUGUCUUUCUCCCCGCUCAAUCUUGAUUUCCAUCUCUGUAUUUCUAUAUUGCUCUCCACACACAUAUAUAUACGUACAUGUUUUGUCAAUUUCUAUGAGUUUUUGUUGAUGGGACUCUAAAUGGGUUCUCUUGAAAGUGGCUUUUCGUUGAAGAGAGAUCAAACUCUGCUUCGCUCAGCAAGCAGUAGCAGGAAUUAAUGAAACCCAUUUGAUCAAAGGCCCAGAUCGAGAUUCGUUAGGCUGUUCUUGUUCAAGAAGAUUGAUUAUCUUCAAUGGAUUUGCACAGUUGCUGUGUUCUUCUUCUUUCUUGUUCUCUUUCAGAUGUUCUUGCCUGGUUCAGUGAUUGAAAAAUCGAAGAAUUCAUGGAGAGGAGAAGAGGAAUUAGCUUCUUGGGAUUUGAUGUUAUGGAAGGAGAUUGGUGGGUUAGAUUUUGGGAAAGAUAUUAAGUUUGAACCAUCAAAGCUUUUGGCUAAAUUUCAAAAAGAGUCCAAUGAGGUCAAUAUCUCUUCUGUUUCAAGAAGAGUGAGAUUUGGGUAUAGAAAACCUCAGCUUGCUUUGGUUUUUUCAGAUCUGUUAGUUGAUCCACAACAGAUACUGAUGGUCACUGUUGCUGCUGCCUUGCGGGAGAUUGGGUAUAAAAUUGAGGUUUAUUCGCUUGAAGAUGGUCCUGUGCUUUCGGUUUGGAAAGAUAUGGGAAUUCCCGUCACUAUCAUCAAAACCAGUGAGAAGAUGGAUGUCGUUGUAGAUUGGCUAUUCUAUGAUGGCAUAAUUGUGAAUUCAAUUGAAUCCAGGGAAGUCUUUUCUCGUCUUCUCCAGGAACCUUUCAAGUCUGUACCCCUUAUAUGGAGCAUCCAUGAAAGAACACUUGCUACUCGUUUGAGACAAUACAUGUCGAGUGGCCAGGUUGAGCUUGUAAAUGAUUGGAAGAAAUCCUUCAACCGUGCUACUGUUGUGGUCUUCCCAAACUAUGUGCUGCCGAUGUUUUACUCUGCAUGGGAUUCCGGAAACUACUUUGUUAUUCCGGGUUCUCCAGCUGAAGCAUGGGAAGCAGACAACUUUAUAGUUCCUAACAAAGAUAAUCUACGUGUCAAGAUGGAUUACGGGCCUGAAGACUUUGUUAUCGUGAUUGUGGGAAGUCGAUUUUCGUACAGAGGUUUGUGGCUGGAGCAUGCCUUUGUUUUAAAGGCUUUAUUACCACUACUUGCAGACUUUCCAUCUGAUAACAAUUCGAAUUCUCAUCUUAAAAUCAUCGUUUUAAGUGGGGAUUUGGCUGGAAAUUACAGCGUGGCUGUUGAGGCCAUUGCUCUUAACUUAAGAUACCCAAGGAACAUUGUGAGGCAUGCCAUUGAUGAAGACGCAGACAGUGUUCUAAGCUUGGCUGAUAUCGUGAUAUAUGGAUCCUUCCUUGAAGAGCAAUCUUUUCCGGACAUCUUCAUAAAAGCCAUGCGCUUUGGGAAGCCAGUCAUUGCUCCGGAUCUUUCCAUGAUUAAAAAAUAUGUUGAUGACAGGGUGAAUGGUUAUCUUUUUCCAAAGGAGAAUAUAAGCGUUCUCACAAAGAUAAUCUUGGAAGUGGUCUCAGACGGGCAGUUAUCACCUCCAGCUCGCAAAAUUGCAGAAAUUGGCAUACACACUGCAAAAAACCUUAUGGUUUUGGAAACUGUUGAAGGGUAUGCUUCUCUACUAGAAAACAUUCUCAAGCUCCCAUCCGAAGUUGCACCUUCCAAGGCUGUCAAUGAAAUCCCUAGCAAAUUAAAAGAGGAAUGGCAAUGGAAACUAUUUGAGUCAAUAUCAGAUUCAACAUAUCCAAAUAGAAUGUUGAGAAGCCACAAAUUUUUAGAGAAAAUCGAAAAGGAGUGGAACCAUACUCAAACACCCCGUUCUGGUCCUGCAAUUGCUACAGAUGAAACAUUCUUAUAUAGUAUAUGGGAGGAGCAAAAAUACAUUGAGAUGGCUAAUACAAGGAAGCGACGAGAGGACGAACUGUUAAAGGACAGAACUGAUCAACCUCGUGGAACAUGGGAGGAAGUAUAUCGAGGUGUCAAAAGGGCUGAUCGGUCUAAAAAUGAUUUGCAUGAAAGGGAUAAUGGAGAGCUUGAAAGAACAGGUCAACCAUUAUGCAUCUAUGAACCAUACUUCGGGGAAGGAACCUGGCCUUUUUUGCACAGUACUUCACUCUAUCGCGGACUUGGGCUGUCCACUAAAGGUCGAAGGCCCAGAGCAGAUGAUAUUGAUGCAACUUCUCGUCUUCCACUUCUUAAUAGCCCUUACUACCGAGAUGCCCUUGGUGAAUAUGGAGCCUUUUUUGCUAUAGCUAACCGUGUUGACCGCAUCCACAAAAAUGCUUGGAUAGGGUUCCAGUCGUGGAGAGCAACAGCAAGGAAGGAAUCUUUCUCUAAGAAUGCUGAAACUGCAUUAUUAGACGCCAUCGAAGCGCGAACACAUGGUGAUACUCUCUACUUUUGGGUUCGUAUGGAUAUGGAUCCAAGAAACCCAUUACAACUGGAUUUUUGGUCAUUCUGUGAUGCUAUAAAUGCUGGAAAUUGCAAAUUUGCCUUUUCCGAGGCUCUAAAGAAGAUGUAUGGCAUAAAGAAUGAUUGGACGUCUCUGCCUCCCAUGCCUAUAGAUGGGGACACGUGGUCUGUCAUGCACAGCUGGGUUUUACCAACCAAGUCCUUCCUGGAGUUUGUAAUGUUUUCCAGAAUGUUUGUAGAUGCAUUGGAUGCACAAUUCUAUGAAACGCACCAUCAAAGUGGUUAUUGUCAUCUGAGUUUUUUCAAGGACAAGCAUUGCUACUCCCGGGUGCUUGAGCUACUCGUAAAUGUCUGGGCAUACCAUAGUGCACGAAGGAUGGUGUAUGUGAAUCCAGAGACCGGAGCAAUGCAAGAACAGCACAAGUUGAAGAACCGGAGGGGUCAAAUGUGGGUCAAAUGGUUCUCAUACGCCACCCUUAAGAACAUGGACGAGGACCUAGCUGAGGAGUCUGAUUCUGAUCACUCGAGGAGACGGUGGUUGUGGCCGUCAACGGGCGAGGUCUUUUGGCAAGGAGUGUAUGAGAAGGAAAGAAACCAAAAAAUUCGAGAGAAGGAGAAGAGGAAACAACAAAGUAAGGAUAAAAUGUUGAGGAUGAGGAAACGGCAUCGCCAGAAAACGAUAGGAAAGUAUGUGAAGCCUCCGCUGGAGGAAGCAGUAGUGGGAGAUUCAAACUCAACAUUGGUUGUAGCCAAGGUUUUGAGAUAGCAUUGUUCAACUGAUUGGUUAUUGAGGAAAGUAGUCUAGUUUGAUCAUUCAAUUCUUUUUUUCUUUUCUUUUUUUCUUGAAAUUUACCCCUUGAUUUUUUUUUUCCUUCAAUUUUGUCAGAAAGGAUGCCUAGGGUUUGUAUUUUGUAUGUGAGAGGGCUGUUGUAUGUUAACAGUUGUAUCCUUCUGAUAAUGAUAUGCCAAUGAAUGCUUAAAAUGUAUACCCGGUGUGUUUGUUGUUUUUUCACUUCUCUCUAGCUGAGGCAUUUGGAACAAGUAGAAAGAGGCAGAUAAUAUCUCAUGAACGCUGUUCCCUAACACUAAUUUUGUGGAUAAAUGAUAUAUAUAUACAUAUAAAA